UGCUGACCGAAAGGUUGUCGGUUUGAAUCCGGGGAGCAGGGUGAGCACCCUCUGUUAGCCCCAGCUUCUGCCAACCUAGCAGUGUGAAAACAUGCAAAUGUGAGUGGAGGAAUAGGUACUGCUCCGGCGGGAAGGUAAUGGCGCUCCAUGCAGUCAUGCCGGCCACAUGACCUUGGAGGUGUCUGUGGACAAUGCCGGCUCUUCGGCUUAGAAAUGGAGAUGAGCACCAACCCCCAGAGUUGGACUCGACUGGACUUAACAUUUGGGAAAAUGUUUACCUUUACUAUGUAUGGCCCUGGUUGGAUGCCAUGGGAUGCUGGCUUUGGCCGCUGAUCUAUUUGUUCUCAUCUCCUCGGUUUCCUCCAAACUGAAGCUCCUUAGCAUUGAGCCAUGGCCCUUAAAGCGGUGCCACAUUGCAUUAAGCAGACAGGAUAGAGAUGCUCCUUGUGUCCUGCAAAGCACGUGGGGCUGAUCCUGGGGGGUGUGGCCAGGUGGAGGGGGCGUGGCUUCGCUCCUCACCUGCUUCCAUUCAUCCUUUGGGUCCCUAGGAGGAGGACACGGCUUGACAGCAGGAGCCAUGAGCUGCAGAGACCUUUUCCAGGUCUUUGGCACACGGGCCAUGGCUCCCCGGACCACUCCUUCCACCCGGCUUUGCCUGAGCCACACGCCUCCCAUUCGCAAGCUACUCGACUCCUAUGAAGAACUCCGGGAAGGCCUGGGCCACCCAGCCUUGCGCCCGUGCCUGAACAGCACCUUCUCCGUGGAACCAGAGCGGCAGCAGGACUCAGGCAAGGGCUGCCGUGGCAAGAAGAAGAAGAGGGUGGUCUUUGCGGACAUGAAGGGCUUCUCGCUGACGGCCGUCCGGAUUUUCUCCAAGAUCGAAGAGGACCUCUGCGACCUCCAGCAAGCCCUGUCGCACUUGACCAGCUUCCGGGACAAGCUGCGAGGGUCGCGUCCCGAGGCGAGGAAGUACCUCCUGGACUUCCCCCAGCCUUCCACCGACUAUAUGGCUUUCCGCGGCCGCCUGCAGAACGGCUUCGUCUGCUUGGAGAACUGCCUCGUCCAGGAGAAGUCCAUCUCUGGGACCAUCAAGGUCAAGAACAUCAGCUAUGAGAAGAAAGUGUUCAUCCGUGUUACCUUCGAUUCCUGGCACAGCUCUCGCGACAUCGGUUGCCGAUACAUGCUGAACACCUAUGGCUACUCCGACACGGAUACGUUCUCCUUCGAGGUCCCCCUACCCAAAGGAUCGGCUCCUUGCCACACCAUUGAAUUCUGUGUUUCCUACCACAGCGGUGAGAAAGUUUAUUGGGAUAACAACUUUGGGAAGAACUACCAGAUACGGCAAGUGAUGGGCCCUCCACUGCCCAGAGCCCUUUCGCGCCUGGCAAAGAGCAGUGAGCCGCUGGGCAGCUCUCGGGCUGCAGCUCUGGUUUUCUCUCGCUUGCAGACCUGGAGGCGUACAGAGACCCCGGCAUACUGGUAGGGGAUGCUUUGGAACAAGCUCUGUCCUUAUUGCUCCUGUUCUCCCUUCCAAUGCUCUGGCCGUGACUCUGUUUAUGUCCCUGGCACCGCAGACUGGGCAUUGCGAUACAGCCAGAACCUCCCGACCUUCUCAGAAUCAAUAGUUCGGCUGCAACGUGUCUUUACGUCUUGGACUUCUUGGAAGCAGCAAGAAGACCUCGGGUACAUCUUCACUAUAGUUCUACCCCACUUUAACUUCCCUAACUCCGUACUAGGAAAUCUUGAACAUUGAAUAUGGUGAGGCCUCAACUCUCUGGUAGAGAAGGUGAAAGAUCUUGUAAAAAUACAGUUCCCAAAAUACCAUAGUAUCGGACCGUGGCAGUUCAAGCAGUGUCAAAUGGGAUUCAUUCUACAGUGUAGAUGCAGCCCUUGUCUCACAACAAUCCUCUGGAUGGGGGUUGCAGGCCAUGCCUGACACUAGAACAAGGAAAGCAUUGGCUCUUUUUAUUCUACUACAGUGGAAGUUAUAAUGGACAUAACUUUGUCAGAACUUGGCUUUAGUACACAACAUGAGCUAGCAUAACCUAGUACUUUCUGUCCCAUGAUUCAAGAAGUCUCAGGUUCAGAUUUUGCAGGGAGCCUUUUAGAUUGGAGGUAGCCAGGCUUAGACCGCAGCAAGGAAUUUGGACAGAUUCCUAGCCAAAGCAAUCUGUGUCACUCAAAGCAGCCCAUUGGACAAGAAGGAAGAGAGAGAGAGAGACCAGAAUGGGAGAAACAAAGGGGAAAGAGGGGCAUCUUCGGUUACUUUUGAAUCAUCCCACCAUUUAUGAGAAUGUGAUCAAUGGAAAAAGAAAGAUUCCUAUCACAGUCUAGAAAGAGAAUUUUUCCCUUCACCUGGCUCUCCAAAUCCCAGUUGCACUCCUACCUUGCAGGACUGUUGUGAUGGGGAAAAAAUGCGUUUUGGACCCUAACAGCCAUUGCUCAGUGUCAGAGUAGUGCUGCAUAAACAAUACUCUCUUAUACCUCUGACAUCUGUGCUCUCAACUCAGCUGAGCAGGUACUUGCCUUUACAUUCUCAAACAUUUAGUUUUCUGGGUAUGUUUGUGGUUUCUCGGUGACCUGGAUAAGCUAAAGGGGAUCGAUUUUGUGCAAAAGACUUGUGGUCCAGCCAUGCACAAUUCUCGUGGCUGGGCUUGACUAGCGUUUUGCAAUAAAAAAAAGAGAUGGAAAUUUGCUCCACAAAUUCUCUGUCAAGAUGGUUGUGAUGGAAUGACUUCUGUGCUUUGUAAUCACAAGCAGAGGGUUGCUUUUUAAUAUUUCUUUUUCUAGAAACUAAUAAAGCAGACAGCGAACACAGA